AUGGAUGUUCAGGCCGGCAUAUGGGACCUUUUCAAAUGUUGUAUCUCGACUUAUGAUGACUAUGGCUUUGGAAUGAUUGAUACCGAGGCAUUCUGGAUGAUGGCUUGGCGCCGCCUACAGAAAAUACAAAUCGGUCCCAUGAAAGAAGUAGAUACCUACGACUAUUUCACCCAUAAAUAUCUCCCUCACAUCGUCCACUUCUACGCAAAAUCAAGAGAGCUUGGCAAAAGAUACUCAACCUUCUACCAAACCUACUGGGAUCCCAACACGGGCGUCAGUAUUCAACCACGAAGACAGGGAUUCGUCGCUGACGACGAAUACUGGUAUGAGAAUCUAACGCUGAACCGAGCAUCUUACCCCCCGGUCUCCAGUUCUAGUUCUAGUCCUGACUCCGAUGCCAGUCCAAUGCCAAUGGACUAUGAAGCAGACAGCACUGAUCAUGCAAGUUGCGAUGAUUUAAGUUCCGAUGACCAUUUAGGUUCUAAUGCGGAUUCUGAUUCCGAUUCAAACACCAACUCAAGAAUUCAAUGUAAGAGGGAAAGCACUGCUCAUUCAGGCUCUGAUGCCGAUUCCGACUCCGAUGAAGGUCUUAUGUAG